CUGCUGCUUCUUGAUAGGGAGGCGCUGAAGAUUGCGAGUGGGAGGGGGCGGUGGUUCCCGAGAAGCUGGCCCCGAGCCCCGCAGGCCCUGGGACACGAGGAAUUAGUGCAACUGUGAGUCACCAAAACUCCAGGGAGGUUGAAAAGGAGGUGAAAGGCUGGGGGACUCUCCGGCAGUUUCCCAUCCCUGCAUGCAGAGGAGACUGCAGUGCUGUGCUAUGCCCUUCCCGGAUGCUCAGCAACAGGAGCUGUGCAGCCUUCCAGAGACCAAGGAGGGGCACUGUGUGAGAGAAGAGCACAGCAUCAAAGAGUCUUCAACAAGGCAAACCUCCCUUCCCCUUUUUGCACGUACAACACGCUGGUGUUAAUAAGGCCAGAUCCUCAGCCCAGGCGACCAGCUGGCAAGACAAAAAUGUUUCCAGAGGUCUGGAAACUUUUGAUCAACAAGUCAAUCCCAUGAAGCCUGCUACGCAUGAGCAUCCUUCUGCUGGAAAGUCCCAGCGCUGAGGGAAGAAUCUAAAUGAAGACACACGGGAUUUUCGCAUGAUUCCCUUCCUCUCUGCAAACUGAGUCUGGCUGUCUCCAAAAAGCAGGGGAAUGAGGCCAGCCCUGCAGCUCCAUUUCCCCUGAGACCACUAUCCUGGAAAGGAGGCGAAAUUGCCCCGUCGGUAUCCCCACCAGGCACCAUUUAGCUGAAGCGCCUGCCUCCCAGGAAGAACCCAAAGGAGGCCAGUCUUGGAAAGGCUUCCAAACUGGAGCUAUGGGGCUAACCAGCUGCCAGAAGCACAGAGAAGAGCAGAGGCUUAGAGAGAAUAUUAUGGAUUUUCCAAUAUGUUUCUGGACCCCAGUUACUUAGCCUGGUUCUGGGUUUCUAAGCCAUUAUUGGAGUGGUUGGUGUUAAUCUCUAGAAUAGCUUUUACCAGCACCACCUUCCGAGAGUUGAUCUCAGCACUUUAGGCAGCAGAAAGACGAGUGCAGCACCCGAAUCGGAUGAGCACUGUCCCCUGGCAGCAAUGGUUUUCCUCCCUGGAAAUUCCACGGACUGUUCAAAUUGCACCCAGACUGUGGGGAUUACGGACAAUUUGAAGGCCAUAUUAUUGGGGGUUAUUUUGGGGGGGCUGAUUGUUUUUGGGGUGCUGGGUAAUAUUCUGGUUAUCCUAUCUGUAGCCUGCCACAGACACCUGCAGAGUGUGACCCACUACUACAUAAUCAACCUGGCUGUGGCUGACUUCCUCUUGACUUCCACGGUCCUGCCUUUCUCAGCAACCUUUGAGAUUUUGGGCUACUGGGUCUUUGGGAGGAUCUUCUGCAACAUCUGGGCAGCUGUCGACGUCCUCUGCUGCACGGCUUCCAUCAUGAGCCUGUGUAUCAUCUCUAUAGACCGAUACAUUGGAGUGAGCUACCCCCUGAGAUACCCAGCUAUCAUGACGGAAAAGAGAGGGCUCAUGGCUCUGUUGUGUGUCUGGGCUUUGUCUCUGGUGAUCUCCAUUGGACCUCUCUUUGGCUGGAAAGAGCCCGCUCCAGAAGAUGAGACCAUUUGUCAAAUCACGGAAGAGCCUGGUUAUGUGUUGUUCUCUGCUUUUGGCUCCUUCUACCUCCCCUUGACCAUCAUCCUGGUGAUGUACUGCAGAGUCUAUGUGGUCGCCAAAAGGGAGAGCAAAGGCCUGACUUCUGGCUUGAAAACAGAGAAAUCUCACUCAGAAGAGGUGACCCUCCGGAUUCACUGCAAAAACACCUCCACAGGGAGCGGAUCUACGCCCAGCACAAAGAACAAAACCCACUUCUCUGUGCGUCUCCUGAAGUUCUCCAGGGAGAAGAAGGCAGCCAAGACCCUGGGAAUAGUCGUGGGGUGUUUCAUACUGUGCUGGCUUCCUUUCUUUAUAGUCAUGCCAAUUGGUGUUUUCUUUCCUGCAAUCAAGCCCUCAAAAACGGUUUUUAAAAUAACGUUUUGGCUUGGGUACUUGAACAGCUGCAUCAACCCCAUCAUCUACCCGUGCUCGAGUCAAGAGUUUAAGAAAGCAUUCCAAAAUGUCCUGCGAGCGCAGUGCCUCUCCAAAAAGCAGGCCGCCAGCAAGCACUCCCUUAGCUUCAACCUCAACCAUCCUGCCAGCCACAGCAUGGACAGCACCAAGAAUGUUGUCCGUAUCCCAGUAGGGUCGGGGGAAACCUUCUAUAGGAUUUCCAAGUCCGAAGGGGUCUGCGAGUGGAAGAUUUUCUCCACCGUGCAAAGCAUGGCGACAAAAAGUGCCAUCUCUAAAGACAAGUCCAGCUGCACCAGAGCCAAGGUGAAGAGCAAAGGUUUCCUGAGGACAUGCUGUUGUGCUGGCACAUCAGGGAGCGUCGGUCGGGACAACCAUAAUGUGCCGACCAUUAAAAUACACACUAUCUCCGUCAGUGAAAAUGGGGAGGAUGUCUAAGGGAUCAAGAUCUCUAAAGGGACUCUGGGGGAAGAGGAGGGCAUCUUUACAUGCAACUUUUCAACUCUGCGCUGCUGGGAUUGUUCUGCUAAUGGGAGGCUGCUCUUCCUAAUGGGAAGUAGGGAUGGAGACUGUAGUAAGGGGGGUGACCUGAAUCAAAGGCAAGGCGCGUCGUAAAACAGCGAGGGCCAACGCUUUUAGAACUGAAGUCCCUCCGAGUUCUGGACUUGACCCAAAUUCCACUGGAGUCUGUGGGAACCGUUCCAUUUAUUUAACAGGCAUCAAAGCUCCUCUAAAAAUCCAGCCUUUUGAAAUGAUUGUUACGUCAUUUCUAUGGUGUUUAAAGGCCAUGAUUUUCACUGUAUCUUCUUUUCACUGCUCCAGUGGUUCUGAUUUUGAUGUUCUAUGGGGAUGGAGAGGGGAGUAGGACAAGAACACCUAAUGCAGCUUGCAAGAGAAAACUAUAAAUCUACUGGGGUGAUUUCAGCAUGGGUACAUUCAGGAAGUGCUAACUCAGAUCACCUCUGCUGCUCAAAGUCCUUGCCCUAAGAGAGUCAAUGACUCCUAGACUCCUGCUGAUGCAACACGCUGGGUGAGAGCCACAGCUAGAGAUGUUCCAUGACUUCAGAGCAGUGGAAUUACAUUGCUCUACACCAGCUGGGCAUCUGGUUCAGUAGGUUCAGUUUUCAGGGCUUGAUAAGGCUAUUCCCUUGACUUGGUGCCUGCUUGGCUUCCCCUCCCCUCUUUUCGCUUUGUGUUUUGGAGUCUAGCAAAUUCUAUCUCAAGAAAAAAACGUGAUGAAAGGGGGUGAAUUCCACCUCACUUCAGAAACUUGCCUCCAUUUUCUUUUCUUUAUUAAACAUGUGAAAUCAUUGGUCAUCCCAGACUCACUCAAAAAGUUUCUGAGCCUUAGUGCACUUAUAACAAAACUCGUAGCCAGUUGGCGAGGUGUCUGUAUGACGGGGUUUCCAGAAGGCAUUUUUAUUUAGUCAUAUUUCUCAUUCACUGGCCUAGUCGGCACGACUGCAGGCCAUCGAUCUAAGUUAUGUAACUUCAGUUGUGUGAAUAACGUAGAUAAAGUCGAUGUCCUUAGAUCUACUUACCAUGGUAGUACUUAACACUCUCCCAUUGACUCCGCCUACACUUCUCAUUCUGGUGG